GAGGGGACGAGGGAAAGAAGGGAGGAGGAGAGAGAUCCCGAAAAUCCUUUGAAAGGAACAGAAAACCGUUUGAGUGGCCGGCCCAGAAGAAAAGGACUUAGUGGAGGUAGAAAGUGAAGAAAGAAACGGCUUAAAGUAUCUCUGUGUGGAUUGUACUGCUGCUGAGGAGCUGCUGGGGGAUUAGAUGAGUUUGACUUCACGAUGAGGAGCGACCCUGUUCUGUUCACUUCCAACAGGGCGAUGGAGGAACUGGUGUGUGAGCUUCGUCUGUUCCUUGACCUGUUGGACAGGGAGUAUCUGAGCGCCGGGGUUAGAGAGAAGAAGAUGCACCUCUCCAACAUCCUCCACAGAGUCCUCUCAGAGAAAGAGCCUUCAUUCAAGUCAGAGAUUCACAGUGGUCUGCCGGCCCCGCCUCAGAUGCCCCUUCCUGAGAUCCCUCACCCCUGGCUGCCUCCAAACAAUGGCCCUCCUCCUCUGCCCAGCUCCUCUCUACCAGAAGGCUACUAUGAGGAAGCGGUUCCUUUAAGUCCUGGAAAGACUCCUGAAUACAUCACUGCCAACUAUGACUCGGAUGCCAUGAGCAGCUCCUAUGAGUCAUACGAUGAGGAAGAGGAGGAUGGAAAGGGCCAAAAGAUGCAUCACCAGUGGCCAUCUGCAGAGGCGUCCAUGGAUCUGGUGAAGGACGCUCGGAUCUGUGCAUUCUUGCUGCGCAAAAAGCGCUUUGGCCAGUGGACCAAACUCCUCUGUGUCAUCAAAGAUAACAAACUGCUGGUGAGGGACACUGUUUUACAUGUUAGCACAGCCAGGCACCACUUAAAGGAAUAG